AUGUCUGACCAUAGAGAAAAGAAUGGUAAAGAAGAAAAGGAAACAGUGCUACCAAAAUUACAAACAGGAUUUAAACCAUUUAAUAUGAAUUAUUUACAACAUCCUCCAAGAAUUAAACCAAAUUAUGGUAAAAAGAAGGUUCAAAUUUUACCCAAAACCAACGUGACCCGAGUAUUACUGUAUGACAAUAUGACACAGCAACAAAUGUUAGAUGUGAAAUUAGCUAAUAUACGAAUAGAAAAACAUCGAACCAUAAGAAUGAUGGAUUUACAUACAAGAUCAUUUGCCAUGCAAAGGAUGAAAAAAAUGAGGAGGAUGUUUAAAACUGAAAUUGACAAUUUGAAUAAAAAGAAUAUGACGUGGCUUGAAUUUCCAGAAGAAUCUAGAUCUGCUGAAGGACAUGCAGAUGUCAAACUUCCAAAAAUUUCUUCGCGCAAAAGUUUAGGCAAUAUAGAAACAGUGAAUGGUAUAACUCAAAUGUUCAAUACUUUUGGAGUCAGUGAAAAAAGUCAACAACCAGUGGGCAUCAAGUAUAAAAAAUCUGUGAAAGAUCCACGAUUUGUGUGUUUAGAGAAAGGAUUAGUUAAUCUUGAUAAUCCCAGUGAUGGAUAUGUAGAAUUGAGUCCCAGUUUUGUUAAAGAUUAUUCCAGUAUUUCUAGAAGUAUAUCUCGUAUUGGACUUGUUCCCAUGGUUACUGUUGAUACACCUGCAGACACUGCAGACUAA